GUCGCUCAUUGUCCAGCCCCCCCACUUGAUAGUCUGAAACAUGGCGUUACGGGAGUUAUCAUCGCUGGAAAAAUAUCUGGGCAUUAAAAAACCGAACAAGUAUAGUACACAAGGAGAUAAAAAGGUACCUGUGCUACAGAAUAAUAACGGUCCUCCAUUGGUGGGGCUGGUGACCAUUGCCUGUUACCUUGUGAAAGAAGCCAAGCGCCCUGAGCUGCUGGGUGACACUCCAGAGAACAGAGCAGUGGUGCAGCAGUGGCUGGAGUACAGAGUGACCAAACUCGACAGCUGUACAAAAGAAGACAUCAAGACCAUCCUGAAGGAUCUCAACCUCUACCUGCAAGACAAGGUCUACCUGGCUGGGAACCAGUUCACCAUAGCUGAUACUUUCAUGUACUAUGGACUCCAUCCACUCGUAGUGGACUUAUCCAUCCAGGAAAAGGAGCAGUACGUGAAUGUUGCACGAUGGUUUGACCACAUCCAGCACUGCCCCGGAGUCCGACAUCAUCUCCCUCCACUAGUUAUGCUCAGGAACAGAAUUUACACCAGCAGACACCACUGAGACCUGAAAAGCAUCAACUUCCUUCCCUAAACCUGCCCACCCUGUCUCGUCACAACUCUUCAGACCGUCAGAGCAGAGGGCAAAUAAUCCUCUUUAACCCGAGACUAUGUUACAUCUGCAUACUAUCUUCUCUUAUUCCUGGUUUUAGAUAAUUAUUUCUGCCUCGAUGAUGACUUGUAAACAAUUAGUUCAUAUUCCUGCAAUAAAGUCAGUUAUUUUAUUAAUUGCAUUAAUCAACAGCACCAGUUUUUAGAAAGGGAAGUAAUAAUAUAAUCUUAACCUCUCAAACAUCCAGACAUGUCGACACUAUUUAUGAGGAUUCUGGCAUCUUUAUCUGUGUUUACUGUUUUGUUUAUGCUAAUAUUUGUUGCCCAUUUAUAAAGGGAAGGAUGUACAGUUGUGAUGUAGUGCUGCUUGCCUUUUUCAAAGGUGUUUCUAUUUAUGAAUGAUUGUUUAAUUUGAGCCUUGAACGUGCAAAUUAACAGAAGACUUAACUGGCAGUGUGUUAUUUUCCAGUAUAACCACAUCAAGACCACAGUCCAUAUUCUGUUAAUCCUGCAUCAUUUUAUCGUAAUUGUUAUUUUAUUUGGAUGUGGCAGUUCAGCCAUUUGACUGGGCAUUGUAGGUUCUCUGUUUUUAGUGUGUGUGUAUUUGCUCAUUCCCGAUUACAUCCCCGUUCUCCGUUCUAAUUCCUCACCACCAGUUGUGUGGGCAGCAGUGAGCAGUUGAACGUCAGCCCCAGAGUCAGAGAUCAGAGUGAGGCUCCAAUCAGUCCCACUACCACCACUGUUGAUGCUGCAGGCCAGAGAGAGGGCAGCGGGCUCACCAGCUGCCAUACAGAUCCAGCCAGCCAAGGCCAGAAACCUGGGCCCCUGGGCGACAGUCAGCCACUGUGUGUCAUUUCAACCCUCACGUUCCCACGGGGCUGCUGGAGAGAGAAGGACGAAGGGAGGCAGCAAGCGAGCGAGUGAAGGAGAGAGGGAGGAAUUGAAGUGAUGGAGGCCACACAGGAAAAAAAAAAAAGCACCCAGGGGCCGUGGGAUCUUUUUGUGACAUGUGAACAAUGAUCUGUGCCUCUGAAAGCCCAACUGCUGCUGGCUGGAUGUUUUCUAUUAGCGCCAUUAGCACGCUAAGUCACAGUGGCAGAACAUGUGUGUUAAAGGUAAACAAAUGCAAAUAAGGUACAAUAAAAGGGAAUAAUUGAUAGUCUUCACCAUUUACCAUUCGUCAUUUCAGUUCUGUUGUAGCCUCUUUCCAGAUUAAAACUUCUCAGCAUAUUUCCUGCCAUGUUUUUAACUCCUCCCCACUAACAAGCUCUACAUAUUAAGUCUCUGGCUUAAAAGUUCUUGGCUUUGUUUGUCUGAUGCAAGUACGAUGCUUAUCUUGUGCCAAUAAAUCAAAGAGAUGCAGAGCCCAUGA